AUGGCUUCUACAAAUUCAGACGCGGCGGUGGCCGAUACUAAACCAUUUGACAUUGUCGCAACCUACAAUGAACUCCUCAGCUCCGAUGCCGACCUCACUAUGCCUAUCGCGGCCAUUGAAGCUCUGGUGCUUCUUCUCACACAGUCAGCCUCUUCGACGAUAUCAGAGACCUUGGAUCUACUCGAAAAGUCUACCGCGCACCUGAAACGAUCUAUUCCCAACCCUAUCGGUCUCUCUGCCGGAACCGAUCUUUUCCAACGAUACCUGAUUACCACACUACAACGCCCUGGACAGCUAGGCCCUGCAGGCGAUUUCAAAGCCAUCCGCACACAUCUCUUGUCAAACGGACGGCUGUUUAUCCGACGUGCCAAGGAAAGCCGAGACAAAAUCGCAUCAUUCGGCCGCGGCUUCAUUCGCGAUGGCAGCACCAUCCUCACAAACGGUGGCUCCCGAGCUGUCGCAGCCCUAUUGCAAAAGGCCGCAGAUGAUGAAGGCGGCCAUUCCGCUGUGCGUUUCCGUGUUAUCUACGUUCUGUCUUCGACCUCCCAGGAUUGCAACCACCCGAAUGAAGAACCUGAGGGUAUGGAAACAGUCCGUGCUUUGAGAUCAAAGGGUGUGCCAGUUGCAACAAUUCCAGAGUCCGCGGUGGCAUAUUCUCUCGGCAAGGCUGAUAUGGUUAUUGUGGGUGCGGAGGGUGUGGUGGAGAACGGAGGCAUCGUGUCUCGCAUGGGAACCUACCAGAUUGGUCUCCUCGCCAAGGCUAUUGGGAAACCAUUCUACGUGGUAGCAGAGAGCCACAAGUUUGUUCGCUUGUACCCUCUUGGUCAGUACGACCUGCCAAUUGAGCAACAGGUUGUUGAGUUCAAGUCCGAGGAAGACCUUGCAGAGGACUGCAAGCCGCAGUCCAUCGCUGACACAAACGGAGACACCUCAAUCAAGCUCCCCCUCUGCGACUCAGUUGAUUUCACUCCCCCUCGCCUGAUCUCCGCACUCAUCACAGAUAGCGGUGUCUUGACGCCCAGUGCUGUCAGCUCCGAGCUCCAGCAUAAGCUCCACCUAGGAUCCGAGACCCAGGGUUCCGGUCCGCAGUCUACAUCCGAUGCCCACUGCCACAGCGGCUGGUCUAUCAGGCGCCUUCUGAGCCGACGCGGGAGCCGCAACUACAGCGUUCUGGAGCGGGAACCGAAUCGGCUGAGGAAGCGCAUGAACACCUGA